CUGAAAAAAUCGUUGCCGGUAGAACGUUUGCGAGGUUUGCGCGCGGUGGCCGGGGUGCUUCUUGGCUCCCUCGUGCGGGGCACCUCGCUUCUCGUCGGAGCCCUUGGUAUCGCGAGAGGUCGCGGCGAACCCGGAAAAGCCUCAGCAUGUCUGACAACGAGGAUAAUUUCGAUGGAGAUGAUUUUGAUGAUGUGGAGGAAGAUGAAGGACUGGAUGAUCUGGAAAAUGCUGAGGAGGAGGGUCAGGAAAAUGUAGAAAUCCUCCCCUCUGGAGAACGCCAGCAGGCAAACCAGAAGCGAAUCACCACUCCUUAUAUGACCAAAUAUGAGCGUGCCAGAGUUCUUGGUACACGUGCCCUCCAGAUAGCCAUGUGUGCUCCAGUGAUGGUAGAGCUAGAAGGAGAGACAGACCCAUUGCUGAUUGCAAUGAAAGAACUCAAAGCCCGGAAGAUUCCCAUAAUAAUCCGCCGGUAUCUGCCAGAUGGAAGCUAUGAAGAUUGGGGUGUGGAUGAGCUAAUUAUCACAGACUGAUCAGCUAUCCUUCUGUGCUCUGACUUCACUUUGACUGCAGAUGUUUUUAUUUUUGUGUAAAUAAAUACUAAAACCCCA